AUGCCCUAUAAACUGAAGAAGGAGAAGGAGCCCCCCAAGAUUGCCAAAGGCACGGCCAAGUCCAGCAGCUCGGGCAAGGAUGGCGGAGGCGAGAGUGCUGAGGAGGCCCAGCCGCAGCCGCAACCCCAGCCGCAGCCGCAGCCGCAGUCUCAGCCACCGGCAUCCAACAAGCGCCCCAGCAACAGCACGCCGCCCCCCACGCAGCUCAGCAAAAUCAAGUACUCAGGGGGCCCGCAGAUCGUCAAGAAGGAGCGACGGCAGAGCUCCUCCCGCUUCAAUCUCAGCAAGAACCGGGAGCUGCAGAAGCUUCCUGCCCUGAAAGAUUCGCCAACCCAGGAGCGGGAGGAGCUGUUCAUCCAGAAGCUACGCCAGUGCUGCGUCCUCUUUGACUUUGUGUCAGACCCACUCAGCGACCUCAAGUUCAAGGAGGUGAAGCGGGCAGGACUCAACGAAAUGGUGGAGUACAUCACCCACAGCCGCGAUGUCGUCACCGAGGCCAUCUACCCGGAGGCUGUCACCAUGUUUUCAGUGAACCUCUUCCGGACACUGCCACCCUCGUCAAAUCCCACCGGGGCCGAGUUUGACCCAGAGGAGGACGAGCCCACCCUGGAAGCCGCCUGGCCGCACCUCCAGCUGGUGUACGAGUUCUUCUUACGUUUCCUGGAGUCUCCUGAUUUCCAGCCAAACAUAGCCAAGAAGUACAUUGACCAGAAGUUUGUCCUUGCUCUCCUGGACCUGUUUGACAGUGAGGACCCUCGAGAGCGGGACUUCCUCAAGACCAUCUUGCAUCGAAUCUAUGGCAAGUUUUUGGGGCUCCGGGCUUAUAUCCGUAGGCAGAUCAACCACAUCUUCUACAGGUUCAUCUAUGAGACGGAGCAUCACAACGGGAUUGCCGAGCUCCUGGAGAUCCUGGGCAGCAUCAUCAACGGCUUCGCCCUGCCCCUCAAGGAAGAGCACAAGAUGUUCCUUAUCCGUGUCCUGCUGCCCCUUCACAAGGUCAAGUCCCUGAGUGUCUACCAUCCUCAGCUGGCAUACUGUGUGGUACAGUUUCUGGAGAAGGAGAGCAGUCUCACUGAGCCGGUCAUUGUGGGGCUUCUCAAGUUCUGGCCGAAGACCCACAGCCCCAAGGAGGUGAUGUUCCUGAAUGAGCUGGAGGAGAUUCUGGAUGUCAUUGAGCCUUCAGAGUUCAGCAAAGUGAUGGAUCCACUCUUCCGCCAGCUUGCCAAGUGUGUCUCCAGCCCCCAUUUCCAGGUGGCGGAGCGAGCUCUCUAUUACUGGAACAACGAGUACAUCAUGAGCCUGAUCAGUGACAAUGCUGCCCGGGUCCUCCCCAUCAUGUUCCCUGCACUCUACAGGAACUCCAAGAGCCACUGGAACAAGACAAUCCACGGGCUGAUCUACAAUGCCCUGAAGCUGUUUAUGGAGAUGAAUCAGAAGCUGUUUGAUGACUGCACACAACAAUACAAGGCCGAGAAGCAGAAGGGCCGGUUCCGGAUGAAGGAAAGAGAAGAGAUGUGGCAGAAGAUCGAGGAGCUGGCCCGACUCAAUCCCCAGUACCCCAUGUUCCGAGCUCCGCCCCCGCUGCCCCCUGUGUACUCGAUGGAGACAGAGACCCCCACAGCAGAGGACAUCCAGCUGCUGAAGAGGACCAUGGAGACAGAGGCCGUGCAGAUGCUGAAGGACAUCAAGAAAGAAAAAGUGCUGCUUCGGAGGAAGUCGGAGCUGCCCCAGGACGUGUACACCAUGAAGGCGCUCGAGGCUCACAAGCGGGCGGAGGAGUUCUUAACUGCCAGCCAGGAGGCUCUCUGA